CUUCCGCUGUACGGAGACAUCCAACUGGGUUUGUGUGCACACGACAUUUGAGAGCUCGGGGCUCACGACUGAGCAGCAGCAGCCACCCAAAAUGGAGUCAAUAGCUCGGAUCUCGAGUCUACUCGAGAAUGCCCGAGAACUGACCCUCGAUGCUGCCUCGGUUGCCCGGAGCGUGCGGAGCUCGUCCAAGCCGCUCGACCGGACCCAGGUGAAGAAGUUGCUGGAUAGUCGGAAUGAGAGGGAGGUGCUUGAUGGCCUGCGGCGGGUAGUUUCGAUGAUGUACCGCUCGCAAAAGACAUUGCCCCUAUUUUCGUCCGUUGUGAAAAACGUCGCGUCGCCGAAUCUCGAGAUCAAGAAACUCGUCUACAUCUAUCUCAUCCACCAUGCCGAACAGGAGCCCGACCUCGCCCUGCUCUCUAUCAAUACAAUCCAGAAAUCGCUCUCCGAUACGAACCCGCAGGUGCGGGCGCUGGCGCUGCGCACCAUGUCGGGCAUACGAGUGCCCGUAAUCAGCCAAAUCGUAUCGCUGGCCAUCAGGAAGGCUGCCGGCGACAUGAGCCCAUACGUUCGUCGCUCUGCGGCCCUGGCCAUCCCCAAAUGCUAUCGCCUCGACCCUUCCCAGCUGCCGCAGCUGCUGGAUUAUCUCUCGACUCUGCUGGGCGAUAAGCAGUAUUAUGUGGCUGGCGCGGCUGUUACGGCUUUUAUGGAGGUUUGCCCCCAGAGAGUGGACAUGAUACACAAGCACUACAGGAAUCUGGUCCGGAUGAUCGUGGAUAUGGACGAGUGGAGCCAGUUAUCCACGCUGCGCCUAAUGACCAUUUACGCACGCAAAUGCUUUCCGAGGCGGACAAAGACGGCCAAAAGCAAAGAGAAGGCGGCCGAGCUGCAGGAUUUCUAUGGCGAAGCGACUGACGCCAACUCAGAAGGCGAGCGGGUGCUGGUUAUCGAUCCCGAUCUCGAGCUGUUGCUCACCAGCAUCAAGCCUCUGCUGCAAUCUCGCAAUUCAGGCGUCGUUGUUGCGGUCGCGCGGUGUUACUCCGCCGUCGGCACCCCUGCAUACGUGAAAUCAGCUAUAGGCCCCCUGAUCGCCCUGCUCCGCAGCGGACAGGACAUCCAGCAGGUCGCCCUCUUCAACAUCGUCUCAAUAUGCCUAAGUUACCCCGCCGAUUUCGUCAAGUACGCCACUCACUUCCUUGUCCGCGCAACCGACACACAACCUGUGUGGGAGCUCAAGCUCGAGCUGCUCACCCUCAUCUUCCCCCACGCCCCUGCCCACGUGAAAAGCCUCAUCCUCAACGAGCUGGAACACUUUAGCCGCGGCUCCGACAAGGCCCUUGUCAGGGAGGCUGUUCGAGCCAUCGGGAGAUGCGCUCAAGCUGACACCGCAACCGCGCCCCGAUGCCUACGACUUUUACUCGGCCAGAUCACCAGUCUAGACGGCACUCUCGCCGCCGAAAGCCUAACAGUCAUCCGCCACCUCAUCCAGCAGGAUCCGACCGCACACGUUGCGACGGUCGUCCGCCUCGCGAAAAACCUCGACUCGGCCACUGAUCCGCAGGCCCGCGCCACCAUCAUCUGGCUAGUCGGCGAGUUCUCGGGGCUCAAUGGGGAAGACAACAUUGCCGCCGACGUGUUGCGGAUCCUGCUCAAGGACUUUGCCUCGGAAUCUGAGAUUGCAAAGCGCCAGAUCGUGCUCCUGGCCGCAAAGGUAUACCUGCACCAUCUCAACCGCCAGCUCGGAGAGUCCCAAAGCCAAGAAGAACCAUCAUCACCAUCCGAAAUCCCGAAACUUCUCGAAGACGACCCCCACCCAGCGGCCAGACUGUGGUCCUACGUACUCCUCCUCGCCCGCUACGACACCUCGUACGACUUGCGCGACCGCACCAGGCUGUACAAGGCCCUGCUCUCGGUCCCGCAGCUCGCCACCCUGAUGCUGCUCGCCCCGAAACCGGCCCCGCAGGCGCCCUCCCCGUCUGAGGCCCGCCGCGGAUUCACGCUGGGCUCUUCCGCUCUGGUGCUCGCUGGCGGCGGCGGCGUGCACGGGCUCAGGGGCUAUGAGGAUCUGCCUCCCUGGGUGGAGGAGGGGCGGGAGCCGGAUCCGAAGCUUAGGGAUCGCGAGGGGGAUCGAGAGGUUGCGGGGACGAAGGGGCCUGGCGGUGUUGGAAUUGGUGGGGAAAGGUUGGACACAUCUGCUCGGUCUUCGUCUUCUAUCAGUAGGGCCGUGCCCUCGACAGGUGUGGGUGCCGGGGCGAAUGGAGUGGGGGAGAAGACGCUGGAUGAUUGGCUGGCUGAGGAUGAGGUUGCGGCCACGGUUGAUGCAGGGGUUGGUAACCGAGAGGAGAGUGAGGAGGAAGAGGAGGAGGAGAGUGAGGAAGAGGAGGAGGUAGGAGACGAGGACGAGGAAGAGGAAGAAGAGGACGAGGAGGAUGAGAGUGAGGAUGUGGAAAGUGGUGAUGAGCAAGAAACCCAGCCUCUGAGGCCGUCUUAGAGCAUGUGGAGGUUGGAUACCAACACUUCUGAACGCCUAGCAUGUCCUCGUACAGAACCAAAGAAUUACUGAGAUCAUUGAGGCCGAUCAUCCAAUUAGUCCACAUGUGUGGGCGACCUAGAGCAGUAGCGAUGCUGGAUACCUCCACGGGACACCGAACCACAUCCUGAGAGAGCUUUAAAAGCUCGAGAUUGCUCUCGAUAAGGGGACCGUCCGCUCGCGUCCUAUCGCAAGAACAAGGGUCCAAACGCCUUGAACAUGCCGCAAGCCUGUCCUCCCCAAAAGCUAGCGCGGACGCCGUUGGGUCCGUAGAUACCAUCAGGCAUGGCACUUGGACAGAGCCCCGGCCAAUUCUCUUUCUAAUUCCACAAUGUCCACAGUCACCGGGCUCUGUAACAGGC